AUGGAAGACUCACGGCAAGAAGAACUAGAAGAAGAAGUUAAUGCAACAACAGGAAGUUUCAUUUGCGAGAUUUGUGUCGAAUCCGUAUCCAAAAACAAGAAAUUCAAGACCAAAAACCAUUGUGUUCACCAUUUCUGUGUAAACUGCAUUGCUAAAUAUAUCGAAACAAAGAUCACGGAGAACACAGUGAAGAUAAAAUGCCCGGGAUUGGACUGUCAGCAAGUUUUAGAUCCUAUUUCUUGCAGAGAAAUUAUCCCACAAAGUAUUUUCUCAAAGUGGUGCGAUGUUCUUUGUGAUAAUUACAUUCUAGGGUUUGAAAGGAGCUAUUGCCCAAAUAGGAAUUGCAGGGAGUUGGUGGUGAAUGAGUGUGGUGAGAAUUUGAAGAAAAGUAAAUGUCCAUAUUGUGAGGAAUUAUUUUGUUUUGAGUGUAAGGUGGCAUGGCAUGCUGGGUAUGGAUGUGAAGAAGGUAGAAAUAUGAGGGACGGGAAUGAUAUUUUGUUUGGGCAGCUUGUUGAGAAGAGAGCAUGGAUUCGGUGUCCUGGUUGUGGACACUGUAUUGAACACAGAGAUGGCUGUUUCGUUAUCACAUGCAGGUUUUAA